AUGUCUAUCCGGGUGUUUUCCACGUCGCGCCUGGCGAUUACAGCCGGCCUAGAAGUCGCGCCGAUCCUAUCGAUCGGCCUACCUGUCAUCCUGCCCGCCGAUGCCAUUGUGCGCGCCGUGCGUUGCUACGACCAUGAUAACUCCAUCAUCCUGCUAUGGACGCCUAAUCAGGCGGAGGUAGCGUACUGCCCAGGGAAGAAUCUCAACCCGGGCGAGUCGACCUGGCCGCAGCAGCCAACUGAUCUCGCUGCACGGCGGGUGGACGGCUCCUUCGGGCGAUUCGAUUACGCCAUUUACGCCCAGAGCUGGACGCGCGCUACGUGUUGGGCCCCCGCUAUGAUCAUCACGCCCGAAGGCGCGGACGGCCAGUACGAAACGCUGUCAGUUCUGCCCUGGUGGAGCGACAACCGUAACGCUCGAGGCGGACACGUGCAGGACGCCGCCUUGCUCGCUCUGAAGGCGCGUUUCCAAGCAGUCGCCGCAGCGUACGGCCCAGCGCGCGCGCGGCUUGCUUCUUCUAGUAGCUUCUACAUCGGACCCGAACUUCUCAACGCUUUUCCAUCGUUGCCCUCCCCAGAUGACUGGCGGCACCUACUAUUGUCUUUCCGGUUCGAAGAAGCGGUCGACUUGUGGGCUACCUAUGUUCGGCAGCUUCGCAGCGUCGAAGCGGCUAUCCACAUGGCGAACGAGCUGUACGAGUACCAAGUCGCCGGCUGCCCCGCCGCUACUACCUGUCCGUCUAACGCGGCCCAGUCCAAUCGCCUCGGUGUCUGGGCGAACGACGUCCCCCCGGAAUGGUUACAGUUCUACCUAUAUGCGGGGUACAAGAUCUAUAUCGCGCACAAGGCGGAGCAGGACGCCAUGUAUCCGCUCGACUACUGCACCAUCACGAGUGAGGACUGGACGGAGGGCGACAAUGUGCUGGAGAUGGACCGCAACCAAUGGGCGGAGGCUGCUCGUGAGGAAGGUUGGCGUCUGCGUUCGCCGCCCGCCAGCGCUUCCAGCGUUAGCGCAAGCAUCGCCGUGCCCGCGAGCGAGUCGCCCUCCCGGGAAGCGUGGUCGGACCCUCGCAACUACGGUUAUGUUAUGGGUGGCGAGGAGCGCCGAGAGAGACUACUGCCCCCUGCCCCGGCGUCAACCACCGCCAUCUCCCGAUCGAAUGAAGCGACUCCGUCGAGUACGGCCGUAACCACCGCUGAUCAGGCGGCCGCUCCCCCUCCAGCCUACUCAACUCUACCCGACGCGCAUGUCGCCACUAUCGAAGGAGCUGACGGCGUCACGUACCGAAUGCCACCGCGCGGCUCGCGCCUCUAUCGAUCAAGACUCGAACGAGUCGUUAUCGACCCAGCUCAUCAUCCUUGGUUGCGACCGCCCCCGCGUCAGGAACUCGGUCGAGGGCGCUCCAUGGAAGCGUUCAUUCCCGUGGAAGUCACUAUCAAUGGGCAGGACCGGACAGUCUUCAGACGGAUAGGCACGCGCAAUUCGGCACGCGACGGGUUCAUGCUUACGCAAGACUACGCGAAUCGACGCAACAUUUACUUGCCUCCCUCCUUCCGUCCUCCGGUCGGUACUGUCGACGAGGAACUAUGGGGCUUCCCAGCUCCGGUCACUUUCUAUUUCGACCUACCCAAUGCGCAAAAUGAAUCCAACAUCCUUCCCCCUUCGAUUUGGCUCUACCCCGCCGACCGUGCCGCCCGACACCUCGCUCGCCCAGGCGCAGUUCCUCCCCGCCCCUCACCCAGUCAGCUUCCGCGACUACAUGACGAGCUCAGGCGGCCCUUGUUAAACGAGAAUCCGGAAGAUUGCACGCUGCCCGUCCUCGCUGAAGGCGAGGACGACUACAUGGACGAGGAGGAUGGUGACUUCUACAGUAUGCCAGUGGAUGAUGAGCGUCGAGACCCCUCUCCGCCCCCUUUGCCGCUUUAUAGCGCUACUCCGCAGGCCGACGAAAUGGUUGUCGAGAGUGAUCACACUCCUACACAGAACGCACAGUCGAGCGCCAGCGCGCCUACACACUCUGCGACCGUACGCCGCAGUCCUCCCCCGGCAGCCCCCGCCAGCGUCAGGAGCCAACAGCUAUCCGCGGGCGGCCACUCGCCACGACCCUUGGAGGCCGCGCCGCAGGACCACAGCCGAAUGGCUCCCCCCGCCGCCCCUUCGCAUCCUCCAGCCCCGUUGCCACGCACCGACGACGGCAGCUCCGCUGCGAGGCGCAACGAAGGGGAUAGCGCGCCAUCCUCUUCGCGCGAUGCACGUCGGCAGCCGGGCGGCAGGCGAGACUCGGAGGAUUCUCGCGCGAGAACGCGUGCGGAGGAUGCCUCGAGGCGAUCGACUUCGAGCUGGUCCCCCGCCCCCGCGAGUCGUAGCCGCCGGGACGACGACUCCGGCUGGGGUGCGAACGACCUGGAAGCGACCGCGGCGGACUGGCGCCUCGAACCAAGGCAUUGGGCAGGUGUUCCCCCUACCGCCCCGCCCCCGACGUCCUCCGUUGCCACGCUACUCAGCAACGGAUUUCUGGUCAUACGGCACAUCAAUCGUUGGGUGCAUGCGACAGAUCUGGAAAACGCGAUUCGUAGGCUGUUGGACUCGAUGCCAGGGCCGCGCCCUCGCCUACUCACAGCGUACGGACGCAACGCGAGGCCGCAAACGGAGCAAGAGAGACGAGAGCGGCGGUCGUCGCCCUUCAAUUUCUACCUGCAAUUCGCUACUGAGGCGGAGGCGCAACGUGUCCGGCAGGCGAUGGGGCACCCAUGGCUGAUCAUGACCACGAACCGGCACGGUGAGGAGCGCGGCAACCGGGGCAUAUUCCGCGCCUACAACAUCGACUUCGCGACAUUCGACGAGUUCCGCGCGGUGCGGAGCGACCCCAACGCGUGGGUGUACCCUUGGCAGGGCCUGUACGACACCGCGUCCGCCCCCACCGUCAACCCCGCCGGAUCCUUCGGCGGGCCCGCGACCACUGCACCUCCUCCCGCCUGGGGCAACCCCGCUGGAUCGAUCGGCGGUCCUCCCGUCACGGCGCCUUCCCCCGCGUGGCUCUCGCCGGCUCAGCAGGCCGCGUUCGGCGCCGCGCACGCGCACUCGACCUGGCCAUUCGCCUCAUCGCCCUUCCUGCCCACGGCAACCGUGAAACCAUAUCAGACGGGCGGACAGAUGGGGCCGCCAUUCGUCAUGGUGCCAAGUGGGAUGCUGGGAGCCAUGUACCCACCUCCACCCCCGCCGCCGACGGCGACGCCCGCCACGCUGUCUACGGACCUCGCGAAUCCGAACGCCAACACGUCGCGGUCGACAUCGACUUCAGCAAGCCACUCGCCAGUGUCCACAGGUCGCUCGCUCGCAUCAAGGCUGUCGUCGCCGUCGCCAGAUCAUGCAAGCAUGUCCUUGUUGGACCGCAUCAGCGACCGCGACUCGGACGCGAGCGACUCUCGUGGUCGUCGCAGGAGUCGUCCUCGCCGUCGUCGCGGCUACAGCCCACCGUCAUACAAUGAGCCAGGACCGAGCCGCAGGCGCUCUCCACCACCACCCCCCGCCGCCGCCAUCUGCAAGCGCUUCAAUCUAAUGUCGCGGCCCACGGCCCUAUUAUUCGUCGAAGGCUCGUUGGCCUCUACAGACCAUCCGGCCUCUUGGGGGGGCGUUGUGAGGGAGUACUACACAUAG